CCUAGCUUGAUACUCAACCGGUUACUGUGGUGUUCGACCUGGAGGAUUUAGCAUUUAUUUUAAAUUACCGUAUUUCUCAACAUAGCACACAUUUUCAUGGCUGUCCCUUUUUCUGUGGGUGCAGUGGAGGUCAGCCCGCCCGGCUAAUUACGAAGGUGUCUUGUGGGGGGAGGAAGGGGGCGGACUUGAUGCUGUCCAUUCCUGCCCCACCCUGUGCCAAGUGUCAGUAUGGAUGAAGAAACCCUUGAGGCAGCCAUCAGUACCUAUGGUGCCCAGUUGCAGCAGGUGGAGUCAGCCCUGUCAGCUGGCCUGGACCCUUCCCAGCAAUCCGACCUGCUCAAGCUGAAGGACGACCUCUGUCAGCUGAUAGAGCUCACAGAGUCCAGUCUCGUGUCUGUCAAAAAGAGCCAACUUCUGGCCAGCCUCGAAGACGGUUAUGGACUGUGGGCGAAAGUCUCCGAGGCAGCAGCCGACACGAACGGCGCAAAUGGCGGAUUGGACGGUGAGAUGGCAGCCUUCUACUCCAAACUCGGGGAGCCAUCAGGGAGUAACUCCGAUCCUGGAUAUCGGGAAAAUGGGGAGGAAGGUGGGGUAGAGUAUGAUGAUGAAGAGGAGGAAGACGAGGCAGAAGAAGAAGAAGAUUCACUCAGUGGUACCAAAGUAAAAGCGCCCUACCGGACAACAUGGGGGACACUUGAGUAUCACAAUGCCAUGGUGGUGGGGGCAGAACCGUCAGAUGCAGAGGAGGCACAAGUAAGAGUGCUCUACGUCUACCCCACCCAGAAGUCUAUGAAGCCCUGUCCAUACUACCUGGAGGACAAAUGCCGCUUCCUGGAGAAUUGCAGGUUUUCCCACGGCCAGGUGGUGUAUGUGUCGGAGCUCAGAGAGUUCCUCGAGUUUGACCUCGGUAAUCUCGAAGAAGGCUCCUCCUGCUUGGCUCGACACGAAGACGGCAUCUGGUACCCAGCCAAAAUCAAAGAUAUUGACAGUGGUUUCUACACUGUGAAGUUUGACUCAGUGCUGCUCAAAGAUGUUGCGGUCGAGGCCGACUGCAUUAUCCCGCCUUUGAGAGAAAACGACCCGCUCUCCUCAGACUCUGACCCGGACGACAUUGGAGAUGGACAUGAUGUGGCUUUUGCAAAAGUCAUGGACACUGCUGGAGAAUCCACAGAUACGGUAAACAGUGCAAAUUUUGGUGGCUGGGAGGCACAUACCAGAGGCAUCGGAUCCAAGCUUAUGCUGAAAAUGGGCUAUGAAUAUGGGAAAGGCUUAGGAAAGCUGCAAGAGGGUCGGCUAGAGCCAGUGAUGGCAGUGGUCCUUCCCAAACGCAAGUCUCUGGACCAGUGUGCCGAGCUCACCCCGCGGCGCACCCAGAGCAAGGUCACCCAGGACGGCACGCCGACGGGUCGGCGAAAGAGAUGCAGGAAGCCACGGGUCAACGCCGCAGGGCGCCGUACCGUCUUCGACUUUCUCAACCAGAAGCUAGAAGGCAAGAGCACCGGCCCGGCCGUAGAGGGUGGUGCCGCUGCUGCAUCGGCGGCGACUGGAGUGGAGGCUUACAGGGGGGGGAAAGGCACCAAGAGGACUCUGAAUGUGAAGCUGUUCAAGGCUUCGGAGCGGGUGUCCCAGACUGAGAGGGAGAUCCAGAAAUUGACUGAGCUACUCGGCAGACAGACGGGCAGGGACGCCACCAGAGUGAAGCAGCUGGAAGAGAAGCUGUCUGCAGCCCGCCGGCUGCUGACCCAGCAGAAAGCCCAGGAGCUGUCCAUCCAGCGAGAGAACCGGAAGGCCGACACGCACAAGAAGAUGACUGAGUUUUAGGCUCGGCUCUCUCCAAAGACUCAAAGGACAAAGGGAAGCACUGCUCGCCUGAGAUGAACUUUUGUCCCCUGCCUCUUUUUUUUUCUUCUUUUUUUUCUUUUAUUUGUUUUGCAUUCUUCCUCACCGGCAUCCUGGAUUCGACUUCGAGCAGAACGCAGCAUUUGCUGAUCAUCAUUUCUGCUUCUUAUUGAAAUUUCUCGAGGACUGAGCGGUUCAUUUAGUUGAUAACAGUUGUUAGGUUCCUAAUUGAACGCUUCACAAUAUCGUUCCAAGCAACAUUUUAUUUGCGAUCUGUGUGCUUUUUUUCUUCCUUUUUUUCUACACUAAAAACCCGAUCUUUGAAGUUUCAUUUCUCUUUUUAAUCCAUACACCUAAGUUAUGCGUUUCCUUUAUUGUACUUUUUUCGGGAAGAGGUUUCAAUAAUUCUAGCCCAGAGGCGGUUCCAACGGUAACUGCAGGAUACCGUUGCUCGGAUCUCUGUCUUACUUUUAAAUUACAACCUCGGGAGUUUGGAGAUCUUUACACAGUUCUGAAGUGAAGCCCCCCACCCCAUACGUCUACACCUCUUACCGGCUUUGAAGCUACAACCAUAACCCCUCUAUUAAAUAAUGAAUUUGGAGAGCACCUUGUCUGCUCGUUGAUCCGAAAAACAUCGCCUGUAGGCAGUCGGUGGGUUGAGCAGUGACUGCGUCCGCCUCGCUGGCUUCCACACUCUCAAUAAAGGUUUAAAUUAAGAUAUGAGUUUGCUGGAGAUGAACUUCUUCAUAUGAGCAGAUUAUAAUGUGAAUUCAGCAUAAAACGCAAAACCACUGUAUUUGCCACACAUGUUCUUUUUAAUAAAGGUGUUCCAAAAGAA